CGUCGUCGACUUCAAUGGUUACUAACACGACCGUGACUUCAAGAAUUUAUUUCCAGUUAUAACAAUGUAGCUUUGUUAGUAUGGCGAGUGAGAAUCGGAAUCAAUCUGAAUACAUUAUAAGUUUGCUGAGGGAAAAUGAUCGACUUCUGAAGGAGAAUUCAUUUUUGAAGAACUAUUUGGUAACGGUGAAAAAUAACGCAACUUUGAAAACUGCAAAUGUUCUGAAUGCUGUUUUGACUUGGACCGAUGACAGCCUCUGUAGAAAGUUUGAAGAUGCAUUUUCAAGAUUUGGUCAAGGAACGAAAGAACCUUGCUGUACAUCUUCGCGAAGUUAUUACGAACAAAGCUCAGCUCCAAGCGCAGCAAUAACAGGCACAGUUUCUUACCAAAAUGAACCAACAUCACAACAAAGUCAAUAUAUUAAUCAACUAAAAGCACCCGUUCAGAACCAAACGGUUAAACCGCAAUCGCCUUUUCGUCCACAGCAACAAAAUGCGUCUUUUGAUCCCCGAAACAGACCUCAAUUUCAAGCUGAUUCACAAUUUGGUUCGGCAGAAAAUACAUUUAGACCCAUUUCGCCAGCUAGACAAGAACAAACAAAUUUGAUAAACACUUCAACAGGGUAUCAAACAGCGGAAUCAUUCCCUCAGCAGCAAUAUUAUAAUACAGUGAAUCAAGUAGGUCACCAGUCCGUUGAUGAUACCGAUGCUAUAUUUUUACCUCAGCAACAAAAUCUGCAACCAAGGGCUUCUUCAAUGCCAACUAAACUACUCUCUCCACGUAUAGAUCCUAAUGUUAAACAAAGAUCUCCAAUAGCACAAGGAAUUCCAGUAGCUGAACCAUUAGUUCCUACAAUGUCUAGAAGACAGUCACCCUCGGGACAAAGAUCCCCGAUGCAACAAGGCGUACCUUCAUUUGGCGGCAAUAAUACGCUGAAUCAGCAAUCUUAUAGCAGAGAACCAGCUAUAAGAAAUGAUCAAUAUAUGCAGAUUGACCAGUCAUCUAUAAAUCCGCGUGUUCAAAUAACCGUACCAUCUCCAAAUAUAUCAGCAGUCAACCAAAACGAGGAAUGGAAUAGUUUGAUAUAUCAACCACCAGAAAUUAUAUCAAAUUAUCAGGGAAUGAAAGCAGAUCAAACCGGUUUCAGUAAUCAGAGGUCUGGAAGCGAAGGUUAUGGUAGUCACAUUGUAACCGAGGCUGCUGAUUCUAUCCGCAGUGAUGGAAGGACUAGAAUCGGAGAACCAGUGGCUGCAUCAACACCAAUCAAGGCUGGAAGGAAUAUACAGUAUGAAUAUCAAGAUAAUACCCUCCAGAGCAUGAAGACACCACAAAAAGCACAACAGCCGAGUCCUCAAACAGGCGUUUCCGUGUUGCACCGACCAGUAGACCAGGUCAUUGGCCUGAAACCAGCUUACACGGACCAACAUCGUCAAAGAGUUUUAAGGAUUCGACCGAACAAACGUAUAAUUGGAGAAGUAGCAUUUCAGUUAGACAGAAGAAUUUUGGAGUAUGUUUUUACAUGGAAGUAUACACCAGAAAGUUCCGACGACAAAAGGCGUCGUUUCUAUGGUUACACUAUAAGCAAUAUGGGUGCUAUGAUACGAAAGGAAGCUACUGAUAGAACUGGACAAUUCAAUCCUAAAAAGGAAUUAGAGAUGCGGUACCGGUUUGAUUACGUAAUCAAGGCACUAUCUAAGUACGGCUAUAUUUUAGAAAGACAUGCUAUCUUAUCACAAGAUUUGGUCAAUCGGUAUGGACUAUUAAGUGGACCACCAGACCGCAAGACAGCACGUGAUAUCGGAUUGGAUGACCCCGUAAUUCUUCGCGUUCUUCUGAGCCAGAUGAUAAAAGAUGACAAUCUCCUGCAGGAGGCACUGAUUUUACUUGAUUGUCUAUGUUUGUUGGCGCAUGAAGACAAGAGAACUAUAUUUCUUUAUUGAUAUUUUAUUCCAGUUUUGAAUAAAUAUAAAAAAAACUUCAUCGUCUUUGUAUAUG